UCACACAGUUAACAGAGAGGAGACUGAGAAUAGUAAAGCGAGGAACGCCUUGGUAUUCUUGUACUUUUGCUCAACACAGCUGAAAAAGGAUGAAAAAUUGAUAAUAAUUUCAGUUAAAUUUACUAUUUUCUGACGUUAAAUAUAAACUAAGAUUGCAUGGAUGAAGAAUCUUUGACUGGAGCUAUCAAUGAAUACAAAGAACAGUUCCUCCAGGUUCAAAAUGUUCUUCAAGCUACUGGCGAAGAGGGUCAAGAAGACAUGGUUAAAAUCAGGGACGACUUAGUUGAGCUUAUACAUUUAUCAGAAGAACGUCUAUUAAACUUAAAAAAGACCAGACUAUUACAAGCCCUGGAAGAGCAAGAAGCAAGUGGAUCAAAAGCCCUUACCUUUGAUGAAGAUAUUGAAGAUGAAGAUGAUGAUUCCAUGACCCAAAACACUGAGUCAGUUGAAGAGGAAGAUAUUAUCGGCACAAAAUGUAGAGUUUCUUAUACUCAGGAAUGGGGUGUCAAGGAGCACCACAAUGCUAUGGUUUUCAGUGUUGAAAUGUCUGAUGACGAGUCUCCAGAUAAUGCUAAAGUGAGAGUACUAUUUCUUAACCCUACCCAUCAAUCAAUGGUGCCAUGCCCAUACUUCUUGGAUGGGAAGUGUCGAUUUAGUGAAAACGAGUGCAGAUAUUCUCAUGGUUUUCUUGUUGAGGUAGAGGAUCUCAAGCCAUUCAAAGAACCAAACUUCAGUGAAAUCAAAGAAGGACAGCAGUGCUUAGCAAGAUAUAGUGAUUGUGUUUGGUACAAGUCAACAAUAAAAUCAGUAGAUGAAGAUCAUCAUGAGUUUCUGGUUCAUUAUGAUACCUACAACAAUGAUACAACUCUUGGACUGGAUUCUGUCUUCCCACUUCAUAAGGAAGAAUCGCCUGAUCUUUCUGAUGAUGAAGAGCUGUCGUCACUGUCAAGCGAUAGUGAAGAAAGAAGAUUCACCAAUGGGGAUCAAGAUGAUGACAACGAACAAGCCCUCAAAGAAUGGAAGCCAAAAGGAACUAAUCUGGGAGACUGGGAACAGCACACAAGAGGUAUUGGGUCAAAAUUAAUGGCCAGGAUGGGAUAUAUAUUUGGAAAAGGACUUGGCAAGGAUGGAAGUGGUAGAGUUGAUCCAAUUGAAGCUGUUCUUUUACCACAAGGAAAAUCACUAGAUGUUUGUGCUGAGUUACGCGAGAAGAAAAAACUAAAAGAACCCUUUAAAAAGAAAAGAAAAAAGAAAAACUUAUCAACAAAGUCUAUACAUGUUCCAAAACAGGGAACAAUAAAUGAUGUUUUCUUGUUUCUAAAUCACAAGUUUGGUGGGAGCAGAGGUAAUAUCCAGGAUAUAAGGAAAUCCACAAAUGCUUCUGAACCAUUUGAUAUUAAAGAUAGAAAGAGGAGAAAAGGUACAGAGGAUGAUGCAAAUGUGAACUGGAAUAUUAAGUUAUUUAAAAUUCAUGAAGAAAUUACUGCGGCUGAAAAGCAAUUGCACAAACAGCGACAAGCUCAUGGAAGAAAUGCUACGGAUGCGAAUACAAGUUCAUUCUUCAACAAAAAGGUUAAAGGAUUAGAACAUCACAUUACUCAACUGAAGACAAAAGAGAAAAUGAUAAAACAGAAGAUACACCAGAAAGAUCAACACCGAAAAUUGACUGUGUUUUGAGGAAAUUUAAUCUUGUUAUUAUAUAUUGUUAUUUAUAAUAAAAUUUGUCUGAAAUAACA